AUGCCAAACCAUCAUAUUACAAAUAAAAUUGAUAAAAAGCAACGUAUUCAUCAAAUCAUUCUCAUCAGUGUCGAUCAGGACAAAAUACUCAAUCGAAGUUUUAAAUCAUCGCAGAGAAAAAUAUCAAAUACUUCAGAAAUUGAGACAAAUAUCAAACAGAAUGUCGAAUUUAAUACUGCAAUCGAACCAGUAUCACAUGAAGUAGAGAAUAAUAUUUGUCAACCACUACAACCAUUGGAUUCAGUCGUGAUUGAUACCAAUACCCAAUUUAGUCAAACACAUGAUCAAAUCAGAGAGAAUAUACCUCAAGCUAUCAAACAUAAAAAAUCUGAUUUUCAUUUCGACAAAAACAAUCGUUCCAUUUCGUUUACCACCAAUUUGUCUACAGCAAGUGUCACUCAAAGAGAUACUUCGAUAAAACGACACAAUAAAAUUCACCAUCGUAAAAAAGUAACGGAAAAGCAAGAAAAAAGACGACGAAGAUGUUGUGGUUUUUAUUGGCCCUGUUCACCUUGUUGUACUUUAUGCUGGAUCAUUGGUGCUAUUAUAUUGUUAGCAGCAGUAGCCGCAUUAAUUGUUGCUCUUCUUACAAAUAAAUCAAAAACAACAACUAUAUUAAGUACAGCUUUCAUAACUACGAUAACAACAUCGACUAGCACGGACACGACAACAACAGAAAGUAGUACAAUGACAACAACAUAUACUUCAACAACAACAACAACAACACGUAGCAUGUGUAACGCUUCUUGUUUAAAUCAAUCAUGGAUUGAUUUUUCCAAUACAAUGGCAAAAUGGCAAUUCGAAGGUUCAUUUACAAAUUUACCGAACAAUUAUAGUAUAAUUCCAUCAUCAAGCGUACCUACUUUCAUUACCGAAGGAUAUGUCGGUCAAGCAAUCUCAUUUGAUGCAACACUUCAUCAAUAUCUUUAUACUUCAUAUAUACCUUUGAGGAAUAUAAGUUUCACUGUUGAUGCAUGGAUUUAUCAAAAUGGAAUGCCUAAUCCAACUGAUUAUAACAUUGUUGGGAUGUGUCCCUCAAUGUCAACAAGAAAUUGUCUUCAGAUUGGUAUACGAUCUCAAAAAUUGUAUUUUUCAUUUUGGCUACCGGAUUCUACUGGUGUAACAACUAUUCAAACUGAUCAAUGGUUACAUACCGCAUUUGUUUUUGAUCAAACAACAAAUACAAUGACUACUUAUUUAAAUGGUUUUCCUGAUCAAAGCUUAAAUACUAAUCAGUCAUUACUAUGUUCAACAGGAAAUUUUACAAUUGGUAUUAAUGCACUUAUAAGACCUCCAAAUAAUACUUUUCAGGGUUAUAUAGAUAAUUUAUCAGUUACUGGACGAGCAAAAUCUUCAUGUGAAGUACUUGAAAUUGCCACACUUGCAGCUCGUUUUCAUUUUGAUAAUAUUUCAUCAUUAGACGAUUUUGGUCCUAAUCAAGUAGAUAAAAGUGCUUUAAAUUAUGUAAUCAUUUCUGGUUUUAUCAACGAAGCUAUUUCAUUUUCUGGAACAUCAACUUCAUAUUUUCAAACAUGGGGUUUCACUUCAUUUGGUAUUAUGAAUAAAGCAUUUUCAUUUGCAUUUUGGAUUAAACCUCAGUUACUUUCUGGUACUCUCAUUCAUCUAUCAACAUCAUCACUUGGCACAGGAACAACAUGUUUUCCAUUGUUAGCAUUUGCUUCUAAUGGAUCUAUUGUUGCACAAGUUUUGCUUACUAAUGGAAUUAUUGUUUCAGCUAUAGGUCCUUUAUUACCAACAUCAUCAUCAUCGUGGAUAUCCAUUGUUCAAACAUGGAGUUCCAACAAUGGAUUAAAAUUAUAUAUUAAUAACACACUUGUAAGUUCUGCCGUAGCUACGACAUUUCUUACCAGUAAUUCAACAAUGAAUUAUUUAACAUUGGGUAAUUGUUUAAAUGGUUGCAGUUCAUGUACCAAUGGACUCAUUGUUUCACCAGGCUCAUUUUCAGGUGCUAUCGAUGAAUGGUUAGUUUUUAGUCGAGAACUUAAUGAAGAUGAUGUUUGCGCUCAUUUCAAUGCUCGAUAA